AUGGGCGAUCCGGGGGCGGCGCGUCUGCGCGCGGCCAUCGAACGAUCUCCAUUUCAAUCGCUCUACUGUCGGCGUGCGAAAUCGCGGCUCCGCGAACGGGUUCCGGCCAUAUUUUCGAAAACGCUCACCUGUGGAAAAUCCCGGCAAGACCUCUCGCGGGCGCCGUUGCGACUUUGCAAUGGUAAGGAGCGUUCAGAAAUUCCGCCCCGCCCGUCCACCCCCCAUCACAAAGUA